CGGGCACCAAAAAUAAAAGCUUAGCAAAGCUUUACUUUUACCUCAGUCGACGCUCGUCCGAAUACGAGGAUACUGGUUCGGUUCGUAUUUUAUUAGUGUACUGUUUCGUUUGUACGAUUUCUUUCUCCUUUUUCGUUUACUUGUUUUCAACAAUAGUAAUAUACCAGUUAUAUUACCGUGUGCAAUUCCCAUUAAAGUUUGGAUAAUUUUUUGUGAUUCGAUUUAGCUAUUAGAGUGUACGAUGUAACGAGCAUUGACGAUAAUUGGUACUUUUGUUGUAAAAUUACAGUAGUUAUAGUUUUUUAAUUUAUACAGCUCUACUAUCGACCAUAUUAUUGUAUCGACAGUAACGAUUUAAAUCACAGGUUUAAAAGAUGUAAUGUGCGCAGAUUUAGUGGAAGUUCGUUGAAUGCAACAGUGCAAGACAAAAAUAAUGAAAUAUCGAUCGAAUCAGUGAAGUAUUUUGAUUACUUAUCAUUCUCAAUUUCAUUCCGAAUGACGCGGUGUACAUAGUGUAUGAUAUGAUAGCAGAAAGUUUUUAAAGAGUUUUAGUUACUGGUCAAUAGUUAUUCGCCUUUUGAGAAAAAAGUUGUGUAAUAUAGUGAAAGUAAUAAGAGUAUUGAAGUGAAGUAAUAAUAGUAUAGUGAAAGUAAUAAAUUAGUAUUUUUUAACUUUCAGCACUACCAAUCAAAGUUUCAACUCUAUCAACGUUUUCACAUGUGUACAGGCGCGUGCGCUCGUGUCUGUGUGUGUGUGUGUUUUACAAGAAGUUUUGAGGAGUAUUGAGAACAUUCAAUUAGUCAAAUGUAUAGUAACAGUAGCAGCAUAGUCACUUAUAUAAAGUGCUGGAAUCUAUUCAACGGACAGCGCACCACUAAUAACUGUUUUCUAUACUACUAUCUCGUGGCGGUACAUAACAUAAUCCGUUGCAUUAUUUAUCAGAUCACCAUGACCAUGAGCAAACAACAGCACCGGAUCAAACACUUACAUCGUUUUAGUUGUUCAAAGCAUAGCACUGACGAGCAUAAGGAGAGAGUACUAGAAACAACUCAAGUAGUUUCCCACUUUAAUAACGCCCGAAAAGUGUGCCAUGUUUGGAGUCUAGCAUUUACAACCGCAAAAAACUACUACGAACCAACAAGAAUCAUACCUUUAAUUAAACAACAGUACAUAGACAGUAAAAAUAUUAUAAUACACCAUGUAGGACCUAGGAUCUCUUUUUAGGGUGUCCGUAUAUGUUACUUUAAGAAUUUACUGAAUUUACUGGUAACUUUAGGACAGCCACGUUAUAAAUUUUGAGAUGGACCAUAUGGCUCGUGAACGUUAGCUUCACGCCCAAACGUGAAACGUGAAGGUUGCGUGUCUAAUAUUGUUGAAAACGUACCAUUAACCAUAGCUUAUCAACACAAUUGCCUUUUAGUCCAGUGCAUUCAUAUGACGGUUUAGAUACCUUUUUUUUGCAGAAUAAUGUCCAGAACACCAAGUAAUGGAAUCGGUUUACAGAUCGGGAGCAACCCGAAUCCGAACAAUGUAUCCCUAGCGUCCCGUGGAUUGGCAUCUUCGUCGAAUAGCAACAAUAGUGGUAGCAAGCUCUCAUCAUCCGUACCCCUGUCGGCCAAUGUACUACCCAGUUCGGCCGGAACUGAAGAACGGUUGAUGGUCACCGUCAGGAUACGUCCCCUUAGUGACUCUAGCGAGACGAACUGUAUUCAGGCACAACCAAACCGUUCCUGCUCUCUACUGUUCGACGAUGGGACGCGUAACAAACCGAAAAAAUACAACUAUGAUUGUGUUUUUGGAGAAGCUUCCACCCAGGACGAAGUAUAUACAGUCGCAGUUGCACCAUUGGUGCAAGACGUACUGAACGGGUAUAACGCGGCAGUUUUCGCAUAUGGUGCGACUGGUUCUGGAAAAACCCAUACCAUGCUCGGACCCCAUGUUCGCCCUGUUCGUGUCAAUCCUGGAACAAAUUCCUCCAAUGCUACAGUACAACUGUGUGAAAAUCCUACCAGUCCGCCGGACCCUCUGAAUACUUCUGAUCAGCAUAAUGUGAUGAUAUCUAUGGUGCAACCGAGUAGCGGACUAAUGAUUCGAGCGGUUGCCGACAUCUUCGACUAUAUCGAGCUGCAUGCAUGCGAAGAAACCAAAUUUAGCAUUUCAUUGUCAUAUUUGGAAAUUUACAAUGAAUUGAUUCGCGAUUUGCUGAACCCAGGAGGACCAUUGGAAUUACGAGAGGAUAAUCGUGGUAACCAGUCAGUAGCCGGCCUUUCCGAGAUAUCAACUGCGAGUCGUGCUGAAGUCAUCCAACUACUACUAAAAGGAAACAAAGCACGGACCGUGGAACCAACAGCGGCAAACCAGACGUCCUCUCGCAGUCAUGCUUUGCUAAGCAUUACAGUGAAAAAUUUUACACCAGUAGGGACCAAGCAAGGACGUCUCUUCAUGACCGAUCUAGCCGGUUCGGAACGAGCGCGUAAAACAAAAAAUCGUGGCAAACGGUUGCAGGAAGGCGCUCACAUUAACCGCAGCCUAUUAGCGCUUGGUAAUUGCAUAAAUGCGUUGGCCGGCGGUGCUCGGUACGUUAACUUCCGCGAUUCGAAACUGACUCGUCUGUUGAAGGAAGCGUUAAGCGGUCGUUGCAAGACAGUAAUGAUUGCGCAUGUAUCACCAGAAACGCGCCAUCGUGAUGAAACGAAGAACACCCUCGUGUAUGCGGAUCGUGCAAACCACAUUACCACGCGCUUGCAAGAACCGACAAUAUUAGAGGUCGAAGAAGCAGCCGCAGCACGGGAAGCUUUCCCUGUAGCACACUAUCAAAGCUUGGUAGCGGAACUACGCGAUGAGAUUGGCAGGCUUAAGAUGAAAAUGAUGACAGAAAGACCGCGAAGUGGGGCUGCGCUGCAACGCCUACAGCAACAGAGGCAGGAAGAGCAGCAUACGCCAACCGAGGAGCAGAUAAAAAAGGUUGAACUUAAGUUUCUGCGUGAGCAGAUUGUGCAAAUUUUCAAGCAACAAAUGAAGCUGCGUCGUCGUUUGUUAGAGGCGGACAGCCAUCUGCUGGGAUUGGAAUUGGAUGCCGAGCGUCAGCAUAUGGUGAUUUCCCACUGGCAGAGUCGACAGGGCAAGCUGUAUGAUCGACUGGACGAGGAUGAUGAAGAAGGUUCAGAUUCAGAGGGACCCUCAGCAUUGCGUUCUGCUUGGAGUGAACUUGCAUCGAUUGAAAAGGAAGUCAAACGAUAUCGCCAAAUAAGGACUACCACCGAACAAGAACUCGAAGAAUGUCGAAAGAAAGGUGUUACGUUAGAAGAUGAACUUCCGGAGCGCAUCAGCAGUGACGAAGAACGAGAGUUGCUAUCUUUAUUGUGCAAGGUGCAUGAACUAGAAGCCGACAAAGUAUCACUGCAAGCAGAACGAAUGGCUCGCCAGGCUGAGUUACGACGCAGGGACUUGCAACUAUUGCGGGCAGAACGACAACGACGUCUGUGCGAGGAUAUUAUCAGCACGCAACGGCGCAUUAUAGAAGAAGGGAAAGUUGACAUUCCAGAGGAUUUGCGUGAGCUGUACGCGCUUUACCAGCAGGAAAUUCAUGCAAGUACGUACAAUGGUGGUAUUAAUACACCAACAAGUGGUUUUCCACGAGACGCAUUGUACGAUACUAAGCUGCCACCCAUCUUUGGACAGGACCGAAGCAUUUAUUCCGCCAGUUCUAGCUCUGGUUCCGAAUGGUCAGGUACAUCCCCUUUACCACCAGUAGAUUCUGAAGGUAACGUAGUCAAUCCGGAUCGAGCAAUGGGACCACCGGUUGGACCAAGGCUACCAUCAAUAACUCGACUCAGAAACCAUUACGGUGGUGCCCUUAGCAGCGGGUCAAGUGACGAGUGAGGAGAAAUUAUUCAUAUCUUUAAGAAUUCAGUUUCUUAAACUGCGAGAGCGAGGUGAGAGAUAGAGAAAGAGCGAGCGAAAGAGAAUGAAAGUUUAUCUAUACAUAACUAAUGUAUGGAGAGAAAUCAUAGAGAGGAAUUACACGCGACGCCCAAGCCCGCGCCCAAAACAAACUUCGUAAAGAGCCGAAAUAAACCCUCUAUGAAACCUCUCUAUGAUUAUUCAAAGUUAAUAUAUCUACAUUUCAUGUAACAAUUCGAUCAAAAUACUACCAAAAUUAAUUAUUACAAUAAUAAAAUAAAUCGUUUGCGGAAUAUUUGAAAACUAAAAAUCAAAUUGUACAUAAGAAAGACUUCAAAAUUAUCUUGUUUUACAAUACGUAAAAUUCGCGUAGUGUGCAACUCGGAAAAAGUAUAUAGUCUGAUCAAUAGCCUGUCUAUUCAGAAUCAUGUUGUACAGUAUAUGUUUUAUUGUGGUAGAUCGAUUGUAUUCAGAUUUACGUAGAUAAUUAAUAAAUUACUAAUUUUUAACA